AUGCCAGAAGACCCAAUGUCGCGAGAGAUUUCAGCCAGGGGCAAGCGGUCUUCCUCAGGAGUACAGGCCGUAUCAGAGAAUAUCCCAGACGACUCUGUCUCCAAAAAUGAGGUCGCUGCGGAAGAGCCAGUCGCACAUCCCAACGAGAAACCCGAGACUGGGGACGACCAUGAGUAUCCUGGGCGAAUGUCCUUAACAGCAAUCAUGGUUGCGCUGAAUUUAGCAAUAUUCCUGGUCGCUCUGGAUCGAAGUAUUAUCGCCACGGCUAUUCCACGCAUCACCGACGACUUUCAUGCCUUGAACGACAUUGGAUGGUAUGGAAGCAGCUAUCUGGUGACAGGCUGCGCCUUCCAGCUUAUCUAUGGCCGCUUCUACACCUUCUACCCACCAAAGUGGGUGUUCCUUUCAGCCAUCGCCGUGUUCGAGAUUGGUUCUGCGGUGUGUGGAGCAGCACCAACGUCGACUGCAUUUAUUAUCGGCCGGGCAAUCGCAGGAUUAGGGUCCUGUGGUAUAUUCACCGGGUCGAUUGUCCUCAUCGUCGAUGUAGUGCCCUUGCAACAGAGGCCGAUGAUGACAGGAUUUAUGGGGAGCAUUUUUGGUGUGUCCAACGUGAUUGCACCCUUAAUGGGCGGAGCAUUUACGGAUCGAGUAACAUGGAGAUGGUGUUUUUAUAUUAAUCUGCCUGUCGGCGCUGUGACAGUUAUUAUUAUUAUGUUCCUCCUCAAGGCAUCUCCUCCGCCGCAUCCAUCGACAGCAACGACUUUCCGAGAGCGAGUGAGCCAGUUCGAUCCGCUCGGGGCAUUUUUCUUCCUGCCUGGUAUGGUAUGUCUGAUUCUUGCCCUACAGUGGGGAGGAACAAAGUACCCCUGGAGCAAUGGCCGCAUUAUCGCCCUUUUUGUGCUAUUCGGUAUCCUCAUGAUCGCCUUUGUAGCGGUGCAGGUGUGGAAACAAGAGACUGCCUCCGUUCCGCCACGAAUUAUCAAAGUCCGAAGUAUCGCAGCCGGGGUCUUUUACUCCCUCACCCUAGGAGGGUCGAUGAUGGUUAUCGUCUACUACCUUCCUAUCUGGUUCCAGGCCAUCAAAGGGGUCAGUGUUGUCAAGUCCGGUGUCAUAAAUCUCCCCCUCGUCCUCUCACUCGUGAUUGCCGGGAUCCUGGCGGGAAUAGGGGUAACACGCAUAGGUUACGCCGUGCCGUUCAUGUAUGCUAGCGCUAUCCUGAUGUCGAUUGGAGCAGGAUUGUUAACCACAUUUACUGUGUUUACCGGGCAUGCUAAAUGGAUCGGGUACCAAUCGUUGGGUGGUGCUAUUUUCCUGGCAGUCGCCCAGACAGUUUUCACCAAUGGCCUUAUCUCAAAUCUCCAAGGGGCAGUACCAGACUAUGAUAGCAAGAGCCUCGCCCAUAUUGUUGAAGGUGCGGGAGCAACUACUCUUCGUCAAGUUGUCGGUGGUCAAGACCUGCCGGCUGUGUUGGUAGCUUGUAAUAUGGCUGUAAGAAACACGUUUAUCGUCGGGCUGGCUUUGUCCUGUACUACUAUCAUCGGCGCUGUCUUUGCUAAAUGGACAAGUGUCAAGAAUCCACCACAGAAGAAGGGCGAUGGGCCUGCUCUGAAAGGUAAUAAAGCUUAA